GCUUCCGGACUCCUCAGGGUUAAAAGGGAAGGUCCGGCCAGGGGUCCCUGGGCAGAGGAUACCAGCGGCGGACCACAGGCAGGGCAGAGGCACGUCUGGGUCCCCUCCCUCCUUCCUAUCGGCGACUCCCAGAUCCUGGCCAUGAGACCCCCGCACCUCCACCUCUCCGCCGCCUCUGGCGCCCGGGCUCUGGCGAAGCUGCUGCCGCUGCUGAUGGCGCAACUCUGGGCCGCGGAGGCGGUGCUGCUUCCCCAAAACGACACGCGCUUGGACCCCGCAGCCUACGGCGCCCCGUGCGCGCGAGGCUCGCAGCCCUGGCAGGUCUCGCUCUUCAACGGCCUCUCGUUCCACUGCGCGGGUGUCCUGGUGGACCAGAGUUGGGUGCUGACGGCCGCGCACUGCGGGAACAAGCCACUGUGGGCUCGAAUCGGGGAUGACCACCUGCUGCUUCUUCAGGGCGAGCAGCUCCGCCGGACCACUCGCUCUGUUGUCCAUCCCAAGUACCACCAGGGCUCAGGCCCCAUCCUGCCAAGGCGAACAGAUGAGCACGACCUCAUGUUGCUGAAGCUGGCCAGGCCCGUAGUGCCGGGGCCCCGCGUCCGGGCCCUGCAGCUUCCCUACCACUGUGCCCAGCCUGGAGACCAGUGCCAGGUCGCUGGCUGGGGCACCACAGCCGCCCGGAGAGUGAAGUACAACAAGGGCCUGACCUGCUCCAGCGUCACUAUCCUGAGCCCUAAAGAGUGUGAGGUCUUCUACCCUGGCGUGGUCACCAACAAUAUGAUAUGUGCCGGACUGGACCGGGGCCAGGACCCUUGCCAGAGUGACUCAGGAGGCCCCCUGGUCUGUGAUGAGACCCUCCAAGGCAUCCUCUCAUGGGGUGUUUACCCCUGCGGCUCUGCCCAGCAUCCAGCUGUCUACACCCAGAUCUGCAAAUAUAUGUCCUGGAUCAAUAAAGUCAUACGCUCCCACUGAUCCAGAUGCCCAGAGGCUCCGUCGUCCAUCCUCUUCCUCCCCGGUCGGCUGAACUCUCCCCUUGUCUGCACUGCUCAAACCUCUGCCGCCCUCCACGCCUCUAAACAUCUCUCCUGUGGCCUCAUUCCCCCACCCAUCCCCAUUCUCUGACUGCACUGAAGCUGAAAUGCAGAGAAACAUUAUUCCAGAAAAGCAAGGAAGCCGGUCAUCGCCCAGUCUCUGAGAGCAGUUAUUGGGGUCACCCAACCUGACUUCCUCUGCCACUCCCUGCUGUGUGACUUUGGGCAAGCCAAGUGCCCUCUCUGAACCUCGAUUUCCUCAUCUGCAAAAUAGGAACAAUGACGUGCCUACCUCUUAGCCAUGUUCUGAGGAGACUAUGAUAUAACAUGUGUAUGUAAAUCUUCAUGGUGAUUGUCAUGUAAGGCUUAACACAGUGGAUGGGGAGCUCUGACUAAAGGUUACCUGUUGUCAUGAUCUGA